AUGCCCAUGGCUAUCAACGCGCGGCGGAUCUGGGCGAAUGAUGGUGAAGACGACGAUAUGGUUGAGAUUGGAAGUCUUGUAAGGGGUGGAAGCUCAAUGCUGAAGGGAAGAGUCCUUGGGCUUCCCCGUCUCUUCUCAACAUCUGCAGAAGACAGAUUCGACGUGAUGACUGUGCAGGGAGGAGAACUCAGAGCUGACAACAUGAGCAGGUCGUUGUGUUUGGUGGAAACGGGGGAAAAAGUGCUGUCGAUUAACCGCUCUGGGACACCGAGACAGUCUCUAGAUUGGAUGAAGAACGUCAAGUACCUAGCGGCGGACGUGUUCUCCCCUGAAACCUGGCGGAGCAUGCUCGUCGGCGCCCAGGGAGUGGUCGCAGCCAUCGGGGGGUUCGGGUCGUACGAGGCCAUGAAGAGGAUCAAUGGCGAGGCGAACAUCGUGGCGGAAGCUGCUGCUGCCGGAGUCCAUCGCAUGGUCUUCGUUUCUGCUACGUUCCCUCCAUUUCCUGCCUCAAUCCCGCUAAGAGGAUACAUCGAGGGGAAGGAAUCGGUUGAGAAGCUCGUCAAGGAAAGAUUUCCCUCAAGCUUCACUAUCCUCAAGCCUUCGGUCAUCUACGGAAAUCAACCCGGCGCCCACCCCCUCAUCGCAACCGUCCGGGCGUUCGGUCCGCUACAAGAACCGCUCAUGAGCCAGACUCCCCUCCACAAAUUCUCUGGGCUGCCGGUCAUCGGGUCAGCGUUUGUACCAUGGUCCCCUGUAGAGGCGGUGGGCAGAGCAGCAGCGGAGGCAGCGAUAAGUGAAGUGAGCCCUGCCGUCAUGAGCCCCUCGGACAUCGCGCGUUACAAGUAG